AUGCUCGACGUUGGCCUUUACUUCGGCGCGUUUGACGGCGGUCGCAUACCUUACAAAGCGCUUGUCUAUAUGAUCGUAGUCCCCUUGAUCGCAGAUGCUGCAGUGGAAGUACUCGUCGUCCGCAAGUGUGCCGCAGAUGUCGCAAUUGAUCUCCCACUGUAUCGACAUGGACAACAUUCUCCCUCCAGUAAACUCGGCAUCAGGAUUCUUCUCCAAGACAACGCCAAGUUCCUCCAUACGACGAAUUUCCUCUUCGCUCAUAGGUUCGUCCUCAUUCGAAACCUCUUCCGUUCGUCGCGUCUAGUAUCCUUUGAAGAAAUCCAGUGGAGAUUCUCCAGACUCGUGAAGAAAGGUUUCGAACGCUGCAAUGAGCUGCUCAAGUCGCUCGAGCUGCCAGCGGUCUUCCUCACGGAGUUCGUCUACCUCUUCUGGUGCCUCGACGCUGAUUCGUGUUACCCGGCGUGA